UAUAUCUUCAUAUGUAUGAAUAUCUUUCUAUGUAUGUUGUACUAUUCGCCAAUUUCUUUCCAUUAAUCAGUAUUAAAAUCUUUAUUUUGGAUCAAAUUUAAUCGGUACAGAAAUGAAACUUUUAGUCGAGCGUCAACAUAUAUCUUUCGCCCUUGAAAACAGGGGAUAAACAUUAGAGCGGUUAUACCGCACAGUUAUAUUCUUUCUCUUGUGUCUUAAUGAUAUCUAGCAAGAAGAAUUGAAAAGGACGAGUGGUGCAUGUUACGGCGAAAUUAUUGAUUGUGACUUAUUAUUUAUAGCGCAUAUAUUUUAUUAUUGUAUGCGGUUUCAUUCUCAAGCAUAUAAUCCAAGGAAGAAAAAUCAUUAAAACUGUACAAGUUGCAUCGUAUCAAUAGUUCAGAAUCGAGGACGAACGAAAUAGAAGAGAUGCAGGCAGAUGAGAGUGAUGUGAUGCUGGCAGAGGGGAAGCGAAUUUUUGUCAAACCCGAGAAGUACUUAUAUCCGCCAGCUUUUAGAAAUUGGCCGAUCUUAAAUCUGCUAGACCUGGGAUUUAUCAUGCAAAUUCGCAUGGUUAUGGUAUAUGGUUAUGGAAACAAGGCUCUAAUUGUGACGAAGAACAAGAGAGUUUAUGCUUUAGAUUAUAACGAAAAAGAUCAUUUCGUCAAUGAUAAGACGCUCUAUCCAGAAGAGUUGGAAUUGCCGCUUCAAGCAAACAUAAAGACUAUUGCUUGCUCCGCAUAUUUUGUCUAUGUGCUUUUCGAAAAUGGAAAGGUUUAUUUUUGGAGGCACAUGCGUACUGCAGUCAGAUCGUUUUUAUUUAAUACGCAGGGUAGACCUGCGCGAGUAAAUAUUUUAAACAAUAAAUAUAUUGUAGACAUCGCAUGCGGCUCAUCUCAUUGUCUCGCUCUGACUGAAGAUGGACAGGUGUAUACUUGGGGAAGAAACAAAUGUGGACAAAUUGGGAACGGAGACUGCUCCGACGAAACCAUCAAUCUGCCAACACAGGUUGAAUUGGAAGGACGAAAGAUUGUUCAUAUUGCCUGCGGUAAAAAUUUCAACAUGGUUAUUACUGAUACUGGCAAAUUAUACGGUUGGGGUAACAAUAAGAAUAGCGAGAUUUCAAUUUUUGUUCUAUAUCGCCAGUACUAUCACGCAUUCCCAGAAGAAAUAAUUACGGGCAAAAGAAUAAAAAAGGUGUCCUGCGGAUUUGAACACAUUUUGGCGCUUACGGAUAGGGGAGAUAUCUACGCCUGGGGCAAGAACAUCAGCGGACAAAUUGGUAAUAAUUCUGAUUUGCCAAUCUGCUCCGUUCCGAUGAUGGUGAACAUGCCCGAGUUGGUUAAGGACAUCGCUGCUUACGGUUACUUGAGCGUUGCCCUCAGUAAUAAUAACACAGUUUAUGUAUGGGGCGACUGUUUUGGUCAGUAUAUUAAAGUUCCGCUUCCCACGAAAUUUUCUGGAAUUCAAGAUGCGUUCGCUUUCACUAAAUUAAAAGUCAUGUGCAAGCCGCUUAUUGUGUCUGACAGUGAUCUAGAAGGAAUGUUAAACAUAUUUAACUCUCUGAAAGUCGAUGUUCCGAGAGUGGAGUUCGAUGAUCCGGAAGAAGAAGUGCAGAAGAAGAGAUUAAAAUUGAGUACGAACGAAAUAAUUGUGCUGACAGACAAAAGGCGAGUAUUGCUGGUUGAUCUCGAGAAGUGUAUAUAUCCGCCAGCUUUUAGAAAUUGGCCGAUCUUGAAUCUGCUAGAUUUGGAAUUUAUCAUGCAAAUUCGCAUGGUUGUGGUAUAUGUUGGUGACGGAAACAAAGCUCUAAUUGUGACAAAGAACAAGAAAGUGUAUACUUUAGAUUAUAACAAAGAUGAUCAUUUGAAUAUUAAAACACCCUACCCAAGACAGUUAGAAGAGCUUUUUCACAAAAACAUAAAGACUGUUGCUUUCACCGCAUAUUUUGUUUAUGUACUUUUCGAGAAUGGAGAGGUUUAUUUCUGGGAACACAUUGAGGAUAUAUUGGACAAAAAAAUAUAUUUUUCUAAGACGGAUUUUACACCUGCUCGAUUAGUUGGUUUAGACGAUAAAUAUAUUGUGGACAUUGCAUGCGGCAUGUAUCAUUGUCUUGCUUUGACUGAAGAUGGACAAGUGUACACUUGGGGAAGAAACGAUUGGGGACAGCUUGGAACGGAGACUGCUCCGACGAAACCAUCAGUCUGCCAACACAAGUUGAAUUGGAAGGACGAAAGAUUGUUCAUAUUGCCUGCGUACUAUCACGCAUUCCCAGAAGAAAUAAUUACGGGCAAAAGAAUAAAAAAGGUGUCCUGCGGAUUUGAACACAUUUUGGCGCUUACGGAUAGGGGAGAUAUCUACGCCUGGGGCAAGAACCACAACGGACAAGUUGGUACUAAUUCUGAUUUGCCAAUCUGCUCCGUUCCGAUGAUGGUGGACAUGCCCGAAUCGGUUAAGGACAUCGCUGCUUACGGACACUUAAGCGUUGCCCUCAGUAAUAAUAACAUAGUUUAUGUAUGGGGCGACUGUUUUGGUCAGCAUAUUAAAAUUCCGCUUCCCACGAAAUUUUCCGGAAUUCAAGAUGCGUUCGCUUUCAGUAAAUUUAAAGUUACAUUCAAGCCGCUUAUUGUGUCAGACAGUGAUGUAAAAGGAAUAUUACAUAUAUUUGAACUCAUAGAUAAAGCCUAUCUACCGGGAAUGAAGUUCAAUGAUCCGACAACAAACGAUAUAAUUAUAAAAAUCGGCGAAGAUCAAAUAUUCGCUCACGAAUCUAUCCUUAAAAUUCGUAGUCAGUAUUUUAAAAAUAAGUUUGAUCAACGUGAUUGGAUUGAAAAUAAUAAACGUUUAGUAGGCCUGCCAGUAUACAAUGUACCAGAUAAAUUUUCCUACAUUGUCUAUAAAACCUACAUACAAUAUUUAUAUACUGGCAAAGUUGAUUUACUUUUGACUAAUAUAUCAGAGCUUAUAACAUUGGCUGAUAAGUACUAUGAACUUAGACUUAAGGAAAAGUUAAUGGUGUGUCUUGAUAAAUGAUAAGGUAUUCGAAGAGUUUUGCUUCCAAUUUGGUCUGUGUCACAUGAAAAUCAUAGUAUUAUUCGAAAAUAUUGUCUUAAGUUAGACAGGAGUACAAAGUAUAUUUUUAUGCGUAGAGCAGCAAAGGAAAAUGCUUUUAGAACGUGAUUUCUUUUGCAACAAACAAGUUUCAGGUGAAAUGUUCCGAUUGAUUUUUUCUAUUUUUAUAUGUGUGCAAGCGAUUUGUUUCAUAUUUUAGUUUUAU